UUCGCUCUUCCCUCCUACCAUCACUGCCGCUGCCGCUGCGUAAUCAAGCAGGUCCAGGGCUGAGGCUGACCAAGACACACAGAUAAGGCUCCGUGGAAUUUGGACGACAAACUGACCUGCCAAGGUAUUUCAGACGUUCAGCCCUUGAGGUGAAAUUUUGGGAAGACUCCUGCCUACAGGAAUAGACAAGUGAGAUGGAUUUUUUAAAUUGUCUGUUUGUUUUUAAUUGAACUGGAACAUGCUUGGAAUAAAAUAUACCUUACUCAGCCGACUUUCUGAGUCUCCUGGACAUUUUUGCCAGCAUGUGAAAUUUGGACCUCAGUUGCUUGGAAGUCUUUUGUUAAAGAAAUGCAUUGCUUUCCAUAUGAGCUUUGAGCCGAAAAGCCCACACAGAAAGGUGAAGUACCUCAACUAAAAAUGUUUAUUACCCAGGACAUUUUUUAGAAACAAACAAGUACGAUAGAUUCCCCCUUCUUCCUCAAUCUCUGCUAAGGAACAACAGUGUGGACAGACCAUCCACGUGCUGGCGUUUCCACAGGGCUACCCGUUGUCCUCUCGGUCACUUCCAUAAAUGCCCAGUCCGUGGAGGAGGCUGGACGCCGGGCAGCACGAUGAGUUCGUGGGUGCAGCUGCUGCUCGCGCUGCUGGCAGCCUGUCUGCGGUUUAGCAUAGCCGAGGGGGAUGCUCUACCUGCAGCCCUGGUGGAGCUGGUUAGAAAAAGUACCAUCUCUUCUACAGAGGACCUUCAGCUUCUGUUGCUUACUGACUCCAUAGAUGAGGAGGAUGGCACCUCUGCAGCCAAUGGAGGCCACAGACUACCUAGGAGCCUUGAUGCCCAGCCAGCCCAGCAGGCUCUGUGUAAAGUACGCACAGAGGUGGUUGAGGUCACCAGGGCAAUGCUGGACCGCAGCAAUGCAAACUUCUUGUUAUGGCCACCCUGUGUUGAGGUGCAGCGCUGCUCUGGUUGCUGCAACACCAAAAGCUUGCAGUGUCUCCCCAUUGUCACACACACCAGAUACUUGCAGGUCAUGAAGAUUGAGUACAUCAACAAAAGACCAACUUAUGCUAAAGCGGUUGUGUCAUUUGUGGAUCAUGUGGAGUGCAGAUGUCAACCCACUCCACAUUCCCCAGGACCAAAAACAAAAUCCUCUCGCAAACAGCACAUCCGCCUGCAUCGAAACGAGACACUCAGCCAAGAUCAGGCACAGGGACAGGUGAAGGUACACUCAAAGGAUGAACUCCAUCAGUGGGAUGAACUGAAACAAAACCAGAGGGCCCAUCUGGAUGAUCUCCUACAGCAGCAGUGGAGACCCAGAGGAGACACCUUUUCUCAGCCUGGAGAAGGGUACAGUCUAGCAGGGGAGGACACAUCCUGGUCUGGAGAGGCUAUUUUCUUUGCUCCACACUGGCCUCAUAAAUCCACUAGGCUUGUUGAUACUAAAAAUCAAUCUGAGAAGCAGGAAAAUGUGGAGAGAAACCAUGGUAGGGUAUCAGAUGGCAGGAAAACUAAUAAUAUUGGGAUUCAGGUAAAGGAGACACUGAUAGAAGAUGGAGAGGGGUUGUCACACAACAAUACUGAAAUGAAAGUUAAUGAGUACACACAAACACAUUACCCAUUAUGGCCAGAAAGCAAAUCUAACUUUUCAAAGAGCCAUACAAGUAGUCAUUUUCAACAUGAUACUCAAAAUCCUCAAGCUAAGUUAAAUCCUACUGAGGAAACCACGACCAAAAGAUUAAGGAGCAGGUUCCGAACUACCAAAGAGCCAAAUCCAGACCUCAGUGAACAAGUGAGAUGGAGAAAGAAUAAAACUCCAGAGGAGAGGAUAGCACAGACUGAGGAGACAACACUGGAGGAGAGAAAAGAGCUUCUACUUUUUUAUCAAAGGAUGGAUCAAGAGGAGAUUCUGAAACAGCAGCAAAUCAGACGAGAAGAGGAAAAUAGACUGAAAGAAGAGGAGACAAACAGUCAGCAACGUUUGCAUGAUAAACAUCUGCAAACAACAACACAGACACCAGAGACAACAACGUCCACAGCUACUACACAGCAGCCAUCAGCUGCAGAAGCCUCCAAACUCCUGCCUCGCUCAGACCAAACAAGGAGAAGAAUGAGAAAGAAUCGCAAACGGAUCAGCAAGGCAGCAAUGAGAGCAAUGCUAAUGUAGAACUAAAACAAACCAGUAACACUAAUGAUGACUUUCUGGUGACUCUGUAACCAUAUAUGGAUGAUGCAAGGAGCAGAAGAAAGAAGAAAAGGGAAUUUUUCAAGAAAACAUAUGCCUCCAUGGCAAUUGAUGGUAUGAAGCAAAAAGUGGCAAGACUGAGAAACAGUGUGCAAGCACAGUGCCUGUGGGGAACUGAAAAGCACCCCACUUCAAAACUGCAGAAAACUCUGCAAUUUCUAAACUCUACUUGGAACCUUAUUUUGAUAUCAGCAGAGAGAAACUGCAUGUAAAUGUUGACAGAACCAAGCCUAUAUAGGGUUUAAAGUUUAUUGUUGAUAACCUUGAUUUUUCAUAACCACAGUCAAAGUACAUUUAGUGGAAUAAUUAACAACAAUGGUCAUAAUUCUGUUGUAGUGUAAUUGGAUAUUCUUAGAAAAACUUAUCCAGAGAAUGCAACAAUGGCAGAAUUUCCAUGUUUGACAUCAUUUAUUAGCUCAUUAACAUGAUAAUAAAUCAUACAACCAUAUGUAGCUCAUUAACAUGAUAAUAAAUCAUACAACUAUAUGUGGUUUUAUUUAACUCACUGCAAACACUGGAAGUCGACGAAUGUGAUUCAAGAACAAAAACGUGAUGUUGCAUUACUGGUGUUUCUCUGUUUAAAAUUUCUUUACAGGUGAAACAAAGACCUGUGACCUGACUGUGUAUCAUGCUCCUUACUUAUUUAUCUCUUCUUCUCAAAUGUGAAUUAACUCUAUAUACAUCAAAUGUUGCAUAGAUAUAGCAUGCACAACAGAUUCAGACUAUUAGGAUGGUUGUGUGAUUAAAACAGAAAGAACAACAAUUUUAAAAAGAAAGGCAUGGCAUUCAGUGACUUCCAGUAUCCUGCACUACUCAACUUCUAUGUCAAAAAAAGUGUGUGCAUGUGUGAUUUUUUUAUGCCAAAGUGUGUAUUGUAGUGUGUGUUAGUAUACUUACCUACAUUUCUGCCUUCUAUCUAAAUUGUCAUAUCUGAUUCUCUGUCUUUUUGUUUGAUAGGGAUGUCUCUCUUUCAUUAGUUAUGGUUUGGUAGAAUCAAAUACUUUUUGAACUUAUAAACCUGUUUUCUAUAAGCACCUCCACUGUUUGUUUUAGUAGUCCACAGUACAUCUUUUUUUGCUUGCAAGAAACAAGCUAGUCAGUAGUCACUUAAAAUAGCAAAAAACAAAUACAGAUGUUUUUGUAAACAUGUUACAAACUUACUGCUGAUGCUAUUCUGUGUCCCAAUAAUUCAUAAUCAGCCAAACAUCUUCAUUUAUCAAAAAACAGGACUUGUAUGUUCUUUAUGCCAACUUACAACAGUUAUAACAUAUAACAUAUUUUUAUCUUUUAUUAGAAGACAUGUUGAAAAAGGAGAAUGUUUGUGAUAACUUUGCCACAUAAUGCUAUUUUCAUAUGGCUAUAAGAAACUAAUGGACUUAAACCUCCUUUGUUUUGUGUUUUUAUUACUUUUCAUUGAAUUCAACCCUUCGAUGAAUGAAAACACUGCAGUCACCAAUCACGUGGAUACUAAGCAUGCAAUGUUUCGCAUCUUAAUUUAGUGUGUUAGCAUCCUAACAUUUGCUGAUUACUAUCCACUAAAAUGCAAGAGGCUGGUGGGAAUGUAAUUAUUGCAGAUAAUUGUGCAGUUAAGUGUUGGACAACUUGAAAUGUUGACCUGAUAAUAAUGUUUGAGGAAAAGUAAAUCUGUCAUGUAUUUCUUUCUUGA